CCACUCUCGACUCUCCAAAACUUCGAGCUGUGAGUUUGCAACACCUCACUGCUUGUGACUUGCCCCUUGGAAAGUCUGCGCAGAAAGGUGACCCAUGCUCACGAACAUCGCGAUUCUGGAACUACACUUCUCACUUUCUCCCAUCUAGCCCUUCGUGUAGCGGGUGAGGGAGGCAACGCACGUCAACUCUCUCCACUACCUCACGCCAGUAACGCUCGAAAGCGUCAUCAUUGUCCGGACAAAGACCUGAGGAAAUCUGAUUGUCGACAAAAGCUCCACAGGGCUAAGCAAGCGUCACCUCACCUCGUCGUAGGACCCAUCUUCAAUUCGCGAUGUCUUCAACUGGUCAAGCCAAUGGGACAGCGGUGUCUGCCCCCACCGAUUAUAGCAAAGCUACGGAUGGCACCGGCGUGAUUGGCCUGGAUCCGUGGCUGGAGCCCUUUGCGCCUGCACUUCGAGACCGCUACUCCUUGUUCAAAUCAUGGGUCGACAAGAUCCGACAGACAGAAGGGGGUCUGGCUCAAUUUUCCAAGGGCUACGAGAAGUUUGGUUUCAAUGUGGAUGAUGGAACGGGUGAUGUGUUGUACAGGGAAUGGGCACCUGGCGCGACCUCCGCCGCGCUCAUUGGCGACUUUAAUCAAUGGAGCAGAGAAGCCACGCCGCUGAAGAAGAACGAGUUUGGUGUGUGGGAAGUGGUGCUGAAAGGUCAAAAUGGGCAGGCUGUGAUCCCGCACGGAAGCAAGGUCAAGAUCUCCAUGACCACAUCUAGCGGCGAGCGGAUCGAGCGGUUGCCCGCUUGGAUCAAACGAGUCACGCAGGACCUAUCCGUCUCGCCUGUUUAUGACGCCAUCUUUUGGAAUCCCCCGGCAAGCGAGAGAUACCAGAUGAAGCAUCCCAGACCUCCUAAGCCAGACAACAUCAAGGUGUACGAAGCGCAUGUAGGCAUUGCGACACCAGAGCCACGCGUGGGAAGUUACCCAGAGUUCACCAAGAACGUGCUGCCGCGUAUCAAGGACCUGGGAUACAACACGAUUCAGCUCAUGGCUGUUCAAGAGCAUGCUUACUACGCGAGCUUCGGCUAUCAAGUCACGAAUUUCUUCGCAGCCAGUAGCAGAUACGGCACUCCCGAGCAGCUAAACGAGCUGAUCGACGUGGCCCACUCGCUGGGCAUCACGGUACUGCUGGACAUCGUCCACUCGCAUGCUUGCAAGAACGUUUUGGAUGGGCUCAACAUGUUCGAUGGCACGGACCAUCUUUACUUCCACGAGGGCGCACGUGGUCGACACGAGCUUUGGGACUCCCGACUCUUCAACUAUGGCAGUCACGAGGUGUUGAGAUUCUUGCUGAGCAAUUGCAGAUACUGGCUAGAACAGGGCUUCGAUGGGUUUAGAUUUGACGGAGUGACGAGCAUUCUCUACCAUCAUCACGGUAUUGGCACUGGGUUCUCCGGGGGCUACCACGAGUACUUUGGACCCUCUGUCGAUGUGGAAGGCGUCGUCUAUCUCAUGUUGGCCAAUCAAAUGAUCAAGGAGGUCUUGCCCUCAGCGACUACAAUCGCGGAAGAUGUCUCGGGCAUGCCAGCGCUCUGCCGACCAACGUCAGAAGGUGGCGUCGGAUUCGAUUACAGGCUUAGCAUGGCCGUGCCGGACAUGUGGAUCAAGUUGCUAAAAGAGACUAGAGAUGAGGAUUGGGACUUUGCAAACAUCUGCUUCACCCUGACAAAUCGUCGGCAUCUUGAAAAGAGCAUCGCGUACGCUGAAAGCCACGAUCAGGCGCUGGUCGGCGACAAGACCAUCGCGUUCUGGCUGAUGGAUAAAGAGAUGUAUACGAACAUGUCUGAUCUGACAGAGAGAACGCCGAUCAUCGAUCGAGGCUUGGCGAUGCAUAAGAUGAUUCGGUACGUCACCCACGCAUUGGGCGGGGAAGGAUGGCUGAGCUUCAUCGGCAACGAGCACGGCGAGCCCGAAUGGUUGGACUUUCCCCGCGAAGGCAAUGGCAACAGCUUUGCGCACGCUCUUCGGCGUUUCGAUUUGGCAGAUGAUGAGCUUCUGCGCUACAAGUACCUCAAGGCGUGGGACAAGGGCAUGAAUCAUCUGGAAGAACAAUACAAGUGGCUAGCCGCUCCCCAAGCUUACGUGAGCCUGAAGCACGAGAGCGACAGGGUAGUCGCGUUCGAGAGGGCUGGUCUGGUCUUUGUGUUCAACUUUCACGCUACCAACAGCUACACUGACUACCGCAUCGGAGUAGAUGUACCUGGCGAGUACGUCAUUGCUCUGGACAGCGACGAAAAGGCUUUCGGAGGACACGGCAGAAUCGACCAUGCGCAAAGUCGCUUCUUCACCACUCCUUUGGAGUGGAAUGGACGUCGCAACUUUGUCCAGGUCUACCUGCCCAGCAGGACCGUCAUCACGCUCAAAAAGGUAGCGUAGGUAUCUAUCGAUUGUGCGGCGAACGCACGUGUCCAACAGGACCGAAUCGUACGUCUCUAACGAAAUCGACGAGGAAUGGCAGAGUGAGGCCUUGAAGCUUGCCUUGAUUCGUCUGAGGAUGGUUCAAGCUCACUGGGCUCAUCCGCGAGCGAGCUCGUACGGGAGUGCAAGGUCUCAGCAAUGACAUUUCAGCAGCUACUCAUAGAC